UGCGGGUGUCGUAGGUGGUGCGGGACGGCUCGGCUCUCCAAGAGACACCAAUACCUCUCAGCCGCCCAGAGCGCUCACGCUCCAACAUGCCUGUGCUGUGUGGGCUGCUGCACAGACUGCUGCGUAGCCUGCUGCUGCUGCUGGCGGCCACCGGAUUCCUGAGUGGGUGGGCGGCGGCCGACCACGUGCAGUCGCGCCGCAUCUGCGGCUCCGAGUUUGACGAGAUGUACUGGGCCCGCGCGUGUGACAUGCUCGGCAAGCGAUCGCAGGUGCCGCCGCUGGCCGAAUACAGCGGCCUACAGCAGCCGCUCGACGGCUCAGCCGGACCGCACAGGUUCGAGAACUCGCUGCUGUAUCGAGUGUCUCCGUGGUCUAGCGGACGGCGUCGGCAGCACUCGGGACGGCUCAGCCACCGCAGUCCGCAGCCCGGGCCAAGCGCAGUUAGCCCCCGAUGGCUGCACCUGUGGAAACGGAGCACAGACCUCCGCGGCACGUUCGUCUCCAAACGGUCACGCGCACACUACAACAAGCUCCUGGCCCUGUGCUGUUUUACGGGCUGUCACGAGCAGCACUUCGCCGGAAUUUGCUGAGCGGAACACCUUGGCCACCUCCACCGACAAGCAUUAGCCGACCAUGUUGCAUUCUUCUACACGACUUCCAGCGCGACCUCAUUUUGUAACCGCGAAUUGUUAGCUGGCAGUCGGAGACCAGCGCCGUUCAGCGCUUGCAACAACGUCUGCAGCCGUUAAGACGUCCAGAUAACAUCUGACGUGAUGUUUAAUUCCGAGGGGUAAACUGCUUUCGCGAUCAGCAGGCGCUGCUGUUCGCGUUAUAAUUAUAAUAUUGAAUUGUUCGUCAUGCAGUGUGAAUGUGCUGAUAUGUGCGAAGUCUGUGGCACGCUCCCUGAAAACAUUCCUGAGCUGAGUGGGCAUAGUAAUGUGCGUAGCUGAAGCCGGGAAGAAUAGAUCUCCGUGUAGCUACAGAGGAGGGCAGCCAUUCUAAUGUCAGUACGCGCUGGUCUCCAGCUAGCCACGGCUCGGGAGCGGGGCGAGCCGCAAAGAGCUGGAAACGCAACAUGAAAUAAGCCAGCGCAGAUUUGAACCGGCGAUGCUCGCUGGAGCUGCGUGCAGAUCUCUGACUGAAGGGCUGGGAGGAGAUCUGGGCGCUGAGUCGCGACAAUUAUCAGCAAGCAGACAUCACAAGUACCGAGCUGAGCAGUCAAGCUCACGAUGCUACACGCGCGAGCUGCGAGAGUCGCGGUCUGGAGGCCGAGGGGAGGGGACGCGGUUGUCUCCCUGUACUCUCGGCCAGGGUGGUAGGCAGAGGAACACACCUGGAGCGCAGCUGGGCACGCGUGGUGUUGUUUUACCGGGUGGUUGGAUACGGCACGGUCCUCUCACUGUUUAUCAUAAACAAUCGACUGUAAAUUACACAGCUUGUAUACAUGAGAAUAUGCAUCCAUUUGGUGCUUGCAAAAUGUGACUAUUCAAACCGUUGCGCGUGCGGUAUAUUUUGAUUUGUCGCUGCUCUCGAUUCUGCUUACCGGAAGUCACAAAUAACGAACAAUGCGCAGAAGAUGGCUGAGCUCGUUUAGUGUUUUCUGCUUCUGCAGCAAGUGACCGUUGUACUGCAACACGAAAAUGUAUGUGCGAGGGAUUUUUCCAAGAUCUCACGUAGGUAGAAAGGUUAACGUAAUGAGUUACGUUGCUCCAAUAAAUUACUUGUUCAUGCAUGCAUCAUCCGCGGAUCGCCACGCAGGUCCCUUAAGUUCCGAAUGCUGCGUGCAUAAAACAGUAAUGGUUUCUUCAUAUCGUCGCAUUCAACAUAUCCAUCAAAAUAAACG